AAAGUGGGAGGGGCUGGCUGCAUGGUUCUCAAUUAAGCAAAAUAAGUGCUCAAUAAGUGUUUGCAUCAUGCCCAAGUCAUCUUCUCUGAUUCUUGUUUGCUGUAUUUGUGUGUCUUUGAGCUCGCUGUUGGCUCCAGCAGAGGGUGCUCAAUGCACUGUCCACCCUGACCACAAGUGUCAAGCCACUUGCAAUGGGACAACCUUUGAUAUCAGCAAAAUUUUUGGCUAUCCGAUGAAUGUGAUAGGCAAGUACUACUCCUACUUGCUAGACCCUUGCAAUGGUGUAGUGUGUCCAGACGCUUUUAAUACAACUGGUGUGGCGUUCUGUCAAAAGGCAGACCAGUACUACAAUUGCGGGUUGAUCAAAGAACCUAUCUGGCUCUUUAACUACAACUUUCAGGACAUACAAUUCACAGUUCAGUACCCAUGGGGGACUGAUUGGAGAAUAACAGAGAUCACCUUUAUUGAGGAUAAGAGUGUGGAGAAAACAACAAUUGAGUUUGUUAAUGAGAAACCAAAUCUGCAAUACAACUUUUUGGUCCGAGGGAAGUGCAUUGGUCAGCCGUACGAUGACUGCAAGUAGUGCUGGACAUAAGUUACAGGAUUGUUGUUGAGUGUUGUCCCUUUGUGUACAUGUACGUGCGUAUACUGUUUACGUGCGUAUACUGUUUACGCAUGCAACGAUUUGAUCAGAACAGUCUGUACGGUCAUAACUUUAAUGAUUUAUGAGACUAUGCAUUGAGCCAAAUUAGUCUUUGUUUGUUCA